AUGGCCAUAGAGAGAGGAACACAUGAUCAGGCAAGAUUGAAGCAACGAGAGAGAAUUUUGAAUGGCAAAGUUGAGGAUAUAUUAACAAGAAAAGAAAGUUUAUCUAAGGAAUUAUUAGAGAUAGAUAUAAAGCCCCAAAGACAAACAGAGCAAAGAGAAUUAACUGAGCAUAUGCUUGAUGCACUGCAGCAGCAGAAUGCAUGCAUUGAGCAGCAAAUGCAGGAACAGCAACAACUAAUUAAUCAUCUAGAUACACAAAUACAGCUUGAAUACGCUGAUGGUACAGAAAGAAGAAGUACAAUGCAGACAGAAAUAAAAGAAGCAAUAAAAACCCUUCAUGAUGCAAAAGAAGAACUUAUGCAUUUUAAGACUGCACUAGAAAAAGCUAAAAUGGACUACAAAAAAGGGACAGCGCAACGCGAUGCAGCAGCUGCCCUCCUUCCUCCUUUUGUUGCUAGGAAGGGGGAAAUGGCAACGGAGCGUCGUAUGUUAUUAAAGGAGGCAGAAGAAAGAGCAAAACAAGCUGCAGCUCUACGAGCGGAGAAUGAAAACCUCGACAGUUACAUUAAAGGCGACGUCUGCUAA